UGUAAAUUAGAUAAAAAUAUCGUUUGUAAAUGUAAUUUUCCCAAUGUUUUUUUCUUGGCCACAAUUUAAUAUGACUACUCAGAUUUCCUGUAAACCAAUGCAGGAUGGAUAGCGUUCGAAGAGAAGAUCUAAAGCUUUGGCGGUCUAGGAGCGUAUAAUUCUGAACAUUUUUUGCAUGGCUGCUCCGGUGGGGGAGAGAGUAGCUUUGGUUGCUCUACGGUCAGUUAUGGUCCGAGUUCGGCAAGCAGCGGAGAGGUCUGGUCGAACGGCGGAAGAGGUUCGGGUUGUGGCUGUUUCCAAAACCAAGCCCCUUUCUCUCAUCCGUCAGGUGUAUGACUCCGGCCAUAGAUGCUUUGGUGAAAACUACGUUCAGGAGAUUCUCGAGAAAGCUCCUCAGCUUCCUGAUGACAUAGAAUGGCAUUUUAUUGGACAUUUACAGAGCAACAAAGUGAAAUCUCUUCUGGCUGGAGUGCCUAAUAUAAGCAUGGUUCAGGGUGUGCACAGUGAGAAGAUUGCAAAUCAUCUUGACAAUGCAGUGUCAAGCCUAUCAAUGAAUCCUUUGAAGGUUUUAGUCCAAGUGAAUACCAGUGGAGAACCAUCAAAAUCUGGUGUUGACCCUUCUGGUGUUGUUGAGCUUGCAAAACAUGUCAAAUUGCACUGCCCAAAUCUACAGUUUUCUGGGUUAAUGACAAUCGGGAUGCCGGACUACACAUCAACUCCAGAGAACUUUAGGACAUUGUCGAACUGCAGACUUGAGGUGUGCAAGGCACUUGGGUUUACAGAAGAGCAGUGUGAACUUUCAAUGGGCAUGUCUGGUGACUUUGAGCAAGCGAUUGAAAUGGGCAGCACUAAUGUGAGAAUCGGUUCAACUAUAUUUGGACCAAGGGAAUAUCCAAAUAAACGAUGAAAUUAGUAAUUAGAUCGGAAGUCCCUGUUCACUUUGCUUAAUUUUAUCUAGUGCUGUAUACUUGUAUCAUUGAUAAGCCUAGCAAAAAGGCAUGAUCUUUUAUAUCUUAGAACUGAUUUGUUUUACUGAAAAACGAGAAAAAAACAGAAGGGGAAAGUGAUUGUCGAACUUGUAAAAAUAAAUAAAUAUAUUUAUAUAGGCUAAGACUAU